GGAAGACCAGCCGUCAGACUCAUCAGUGACAACACGUAUACUCAUGGUCUAUUCAUCUUGGAUCUCAACCACAUGCCAUAUGGUUGUGGAACAUGGCCGGCGUUCUGGCUUCUUGGGCCAGAUUGGCCGACCAAUGGCGAGAUAGAUAUCAUCGAGGGCGUACAUACCAGCGAGACAAACACCAUCUCUAUGCACACCGACUCGAACUGUACCAUUGCUGGUUCUGGACAGACUGGUUUGUUCACGAGUGCUAACUGCGACCACGAUGCGAACGACAAUUCUGGCUGUGGAAGUAUGGCAAACGACACUGCGACCCCAAACAAUUAUGGCCAAGGACUCAGUGACAACGGCGGUGGUGUCUACAUCACUGAAUGGACGUCAGCAUUUGUCCGUGUUUGGUUUUUUGCUCGUAGCAGUAUCCCCGUCAGUGUCACCGAGGGUACUCCUGACAUCUCCGAAUUUGGUUUACCCAUGGCGAAUUUCCAAGGCUCCUGCGACAUCGAUACUCAUUUUGCUAAUCACAGUAUCAUUAUCAACACCGACUUCUGUGGCGCAUGGGCUGGAUUUGCAUAUUCGAACUUCCCUGAGUGUCCAAUAACACCUGGCAUGAACGGCUACGACUCUUGUGUCGACUUUGUGGGCAACAAUCCUCAGAACUUUACACAAGCUUAUUGGGAGAUCAACUCGAUCAAGGUUUACCAA